AUGUCCGCGGUUACACCAGAAAAACACCACCGCCACAGUGGCGUCAUGGACGACCUGGAGCGCACCAUCAGCAACAGCUUCGUCAAUAUCGACGGCGCCGUCUCCGUCCCGCCGACGGAGAAGAGGCCGGCGCGCUGCACGGAUGAGGAGCGGCAGCAGCAGCAGCUCGACGACAGCAGUGAUGCAACGGCCGUGGAUGAGGGCGGAGGCGGCGUGGCGCCGGACGGCGGAAUGGAGGCGUGGCUCGUCGUCUUGGGCGCAUGGUGCGCAUCAUUUUGCAGCUACGGCUGGAUCAACAGCGUCGGCAUCUUUCAGCAAUACUACGCCCAAGGACCGCUCAAACAGUACUCGGCCAGCCAAAUCUCCUGGAUCCCCGCGCUGCAAAUCUUCUUCAUGUCCUUCAUGGGCCCGCCCAUCGGCGUGCUCUUUGACCGGUACGGGCCCGAGCGACUGCUCAUCGUCGGCUCCAUCCUGCACGUCUUCGGCCUCAUGAUGGCCUCCAUCUCGACCAAGUACUACCAGUUCCUGCUCUCGCAGGGCGUCUGCAGCGCCAUCGGCGUCGCCGCCGUCUUCCUGUCGGCGAUUGCCUGCGUCAGCGGCUGGUUCGACCGGCGGCGCGGCCUCGCGUUUGGGCUGCUCGCCACGGGCUCGAGCCUCGGCGGGGUGGUGCUGCCCAUCAUGGUGACGCGGCUCAUUGACCAGGUCAGCUACGGGUGGGCGAUGCGGACGGGCGCGUUUCUCAUUGGCGCGCUGCUCGUCGUCUCCAUCUGCACGGUGCGGCGGCGCACGUCGAUUGCGCCGCAGACGAGCUUCACGGGCGCGCAGAUGAAGGCGCCGUUCAAGGAGAUGCCCUUCAUGUUCAUCCUCGGCGGCCUCUUCCUCAUCCCGUUUGGCCUGUACACACCCAUCAACUACCUGCCGACGGCCGCCGUCGACGGCGGCAUGGCCAAGGAGUUGGCGCAGUACCUGGUGGCCGUGUACAACGGCGCGAGCCUCAUCGGCCGGCUGAGCUCGGGCAUCCUUGCCGACCGCUUCGGCCGCUUCAACGCCUUCAUCGCGUCGUGCUACGUCGCCGGCCUGCUCGUGGUGGCCAUGUGGAUUCCGGGCACCGACGACGCGACCACGAUUGCGUUUGCGGCCCUGUUUGGCCUGUUUUCCGGGGCGUACAUUGCGCUGCUUGUCGCGCUCAUUGCACAGGUGUCGCCGAUUCGCGAGAUUGGCUACCGCAACGGUGUCGCUUGCCUGGCGCAGUCGGUGGGCGGCCUCUUGGCGACGCCGAUUGCGGGUGCCAUCAUUGACAAACCAGGUGGAUUGGUGGGCAUCAAGGUGUAUGCUGGUGUGUUUCUGCUGGCGGGCACGACGAGCGUCAUGAUGGCACGUCUCGUCUUGACCAAGUUUAAAGUCAAGGCCGUCUUGUAA